AUGAAUUGAGUUUCAAGUCGGCGUUCAAGGAGUUGAAAUGAUGGCAUGUCAAAUUUUAAGCCUUCUAAGUCUCAUUGAACUGAUUCAACUUUGUGAAGCGAAUGGAUUAUUAGAUUGGUUUGGAUUCGGGACCAAUGAAGGCAUGACAGCUCGGCCAUUGAAACAGACGAACGAUUCCUUGGAGGCCACCUGCAUUUUAGAUGGAACAGGAGUGGGCAACAUCAUCAGUACACUUCACUUGAGAGAAGUGGGAGGAAAGUUGUUCAUCGACGGUGUCAUUUACGGACUUCCUCAUGAUGAAGCACCCAAUCUACAUGGGUUUCACAUUCAUGAACAUGGCAAAGUGGGGAGUCGUUGUCUUGAUGCAGGAGGUCAUUUCAAUCCUCGAGGGACCCAACAUGGUGGACCCAAGGAUAAAAUCAGACAUAUUGGAGAUCUGGGGAAUGUUCAGUCCAAUCAUGGGAAGAUAUAUGUCAAUGUUCAAGACACUCAGGCGUCCCUCUCAGGAAAAUACUCGGUUUUAGGCAAGGCCAUUGUGCUUCAUGCCAAACGCGACGAUUUAGGCCGCGGUGAAACAAAGGACUCCUUACGAACUGGGAAUGCUGGGUCAAGAUUGGCUUGUUGUGUGAUCAAGCUCAAUGAUUGGAAAACCUACUCGUUCAACUAAAAUUACAUACAGCACAUUCACAAGUGCUUGGAUUCUU